AUGUGGCGGCAGCUCGUCGACGGAGAGACGGCCAGGGCCGCCCCGCGCGCGACGCGUCAGGCCAGCCAGGGCCAGGGUCAGCGGGUCAGCGGGGUCAGGGAGGGCCGUGGCGGCCAGGUGGGGGACAGGGAGUCACCAGGCGGCCAGGACCCGGCUGCCGCGAGGGGUCCGAGGGCCCCCGAUGACCUAUACAAUGGAAUCUGGGAACGUGCGACCCAGAGUGUCCAAGAGUCCACGAUCCCGGCUGAGCCGCCGGCAAACGCCUUCGUCCGGCCGGACGGAAGCCGCGUCCAGCUCCACGGCGAGUCGACUUUAGUGCGGUGGACUUGCCGGGGCAACGGCUCAUGGAGAAAGCCAGAGCUUUUCCCCUUGGACCAGGAGCAGCUGCAAACGUUCCAAGAGCAGCUGCGGCGCUACGAGGCAGAGCAAGAAGCCGAGCGCCUACGAAAGGAGGAGGAAGAGAGGGAGGCUGCCGAGGCUGCACGGCGGAAGAGGGCUGAGAAGCUGGCGGCUGCCCCGGCAGCCGUGGCUGCGCAGAAGGCAGCCGCGGCCGCUGCGGCGGCGGGCAAUGCCGCAGAGACCAUCGACGGGGCACGCCUCGCCGAGCUGCUCUCACUGAGGGAGCCACCAGAGGAUGCCACCGGGCAGUCGGACGGCUCCUUCCAGUUAGCUUUGGAGGUCCUCUUAACGGGAUUGGCCAUGGGAUAUGAGUCCUUUUAA